GGCGGCGGCCGGGGGCGGGAGGGAGGAGACCCUGGCUUCCCAGGGGGCCCGGCUGGGGCAGACGCGAGGGGCCUGGGGGGGCGCUGGCUUUGGCCCCGCCUGGGGCAGGAUGGUGAAUCUGGAACCCAUGCACACAGAUAUCAAGAUGAGUGGGGAUGUAGCGGAUUCCACAGACGCUCGCAGCACUCUCAGCCAGGUGGAGACAGGAAAUGAUCGAAAUGGCCUAGAUUUCAGCAGGCAGAUUAAAACUGAGGACCUCAGUGACUCCCUGCAGCAGACCCUCUCACAUCGGCCAUGCCACCUGACUCAAGGACCUGCCAUGAUGUCCGGAAACCAGAUGUCUGGGGACAUGACCUCCCUCCAUCCGCUCCAGCAGCUCGUGCUGGUUCCCGGCCACCUACAGUCUGUCUCCCAGUUCCUGCUAUCUCAGACCCAGUCUGGACAGCAAGGUCUGCAGCCAAAUCUUCUCCCCUUUCCACAGCAACAAGGCUCUCUCCUCCUCCCGCAGACUGGGCCUGGCCUGGCGUCCCAGGCAGUUGGGCGCCCCGGGCUGCCAGGAUCCUCUUUAGAACCCCACCUGGAAGCGUCCCAGCAUCUCCCAGUGCCCAAGCAUCUACCCAGCUCGGGAGGGGCCGACGAGCCCAGUGACCUGGAAGAGCUGGAGAAGUUUGCCAAGACCUUCAAGCAGAGACGCAUUAAGCUGGGCUUCACACAGGGAGACGUGGGGCUAGCGAUGGGAAAGCUUUACGGCAAUGACUUCAGCCAGACCACCAUCUCACGAUUUGAGGCCCUCAAUCUGAGCUUCAAGAACAUGUGCAAACUGAAACCGCUGCUGGAGAAGUGGCUGAAUGAUGCAGAAUCCUCUCCAUCAGACCCCUCUGUGAGCACCCCCAGCUCUUACCCCACCCUCAGCGAAGUGUUUGGUAGGAAGAGGAAGAAACGGACCAGCAUCGAGACCAACAUCCGUCUGACUCUGGAGAAGAGAUUUCAAGAUAACCCCAAACCCAGCUCAGAGGAGAUCUCCAUGAUUGCAGAGCAGUUGUCCAUGGAGAAGGAGGUGGUGAGGGUCUGGUUCUGCAACCGACGCCAAAAGGAGAAGCGAAUCAACUGCCCUAUGGCCACACCCAUCAAAUCACCCAUUUACAACUCCCGACUGGUCUCUCCCUCUGGGGCUCUGGGCCCCCUCUCUGUCCCUCCUGUCCACAGCACCAUGCCUGGAACAGUAACGUCAUCCUGUUCCCCUGGGAACAACAGCAGUCCUUCGUCUCCUGGCUCAGGACUCCACGCCAGCAGCCCCACUGCAUCUCAAAAUAACUCCAAAGCAGCAGUGAACUCCUCCUCCAGCUUUAACUCUUCGGGAUCUUGGUACCGAUGGAAUCAUCCCACCUACCUCCACUGAGACCAAAAAGUUUCUCCUGUUCCACCUGGCCCUGUAUUCCCCACUGGAAGGGAGGGAAUCACACCUUCUCUGUAUGGACAGAUUACUUUCAGAAGAGUGGCAGAGAAUCCCCACUAUCAAUGAACCCAAAUUCUUGCCUUCUUCAGGAGCGAGGGCCUCUGGAGAUCCAAACUGUGACUGACCCAUGUGCUGACUCCUAGUGCUCUUGAAAUAUGUACCCCUCCUAGGAGUUUGCCACUUUCCCCUUCCUUGUCUGUGCCCUUAUCCUCUAGUUCUAAAUAUUUUAGACGGCUUCACUGUGGCAGUUAUCUUUAGAGAAAGGACUUCUUACCAUGAUUCUCCAACUCAUCUGUGGGCUUCUGGGGACAGCCAUUGGCUCGGUGUGCCAAACAACCAGAAGGGGAGACAACGAUUUUGACUCUGAACUUAGCCACAAUCUCUGAACUGAUUCUAAAAUCUGUGGAAAGAUUUGAAUCUGAUGUCUCCGCCAAAGCCUUGAUGGUUUCUCUGUUCAGCAAAGUUGUCUGACUGAAUCAUGAUUUCACCCCAUUUUCCUUUUAGCCCUGCCCCCCUUUCUAGAACCAAAUCCAUCGAUGAUUAAGUUCUCCAAGUUCCCUUCUCUUGACAGACGGCUGAGCCACCUUCAGUCCCCAGGUGCAUCUCUCUGCCCACAGCUGCUCUUCUGUCUGCUACACCUGCCUGGAGUUCAGCAGUGCUCGUUCCUCCUCUCCUUCCCUCUGUUUCUCCUCAUCUCGUCCUCUCUCCCUUCUCCUGGCUGCAGAAAGAAGAACACAAAAGCCAACAUGCAACAAUUAUGCUGGCAAAAUACUUGUAUAUAGCCCUUUCCUGUUUUUACAUUAUAUUCUUCUCUCCUUCUUGUGGAGUUUUCCAGCAAAAUGUUUAACUCAGGUGUGAAUUUUGAGGAUGUCUCUGUAAUAUUUUAUCUUCUUUCAAAAAAAAGAAAGGAAAAAAUACCAAAGUGUGAAAUACUGUGCUAGCUCCCACAAGAGUUCCCACAUGGGCUGGGGAUCCUUGUUGACUUCUUGGGAACAUUUUCUCUAGUCUCCUUCUUUGUGGGCCAGUGUGUAGAGAUGUAACAUGAAGCCAUUCCAGAAAUGGUGACUUUUUUUAAAAAAAAGACUGCAUAUCCAAGGAAAUGUUGAGAUUCAAAGGAAUCUCUCUGUUUCUAAAUAAAUUUGUAUAGUGAUGAUAUAAACUAUUCCUCUAUUGAUAAGAAGAGGUUUAGAUUGUUGUUCUGUGUCUUUUGUUGUGGGGGUGAUGUGAGUGCAUAUAAUGAAAUGGGAUGGGGAAAAUAUUUCAUAUUGGUGCAUUAAGUCUAUUACUCUCCAGACGGAUGCUAAAGAUGACAAACAUUAAUACAGGGCUCUGAAGAGUUCAGAGUUCUUACUCUUUUUGAUAAAACUACUUUGAGGGCAGAAUAGGCAAGAGAUGGGCUCAUUUUGUAAGUGGGAGAAUGGUAAAUGUUGAAGGUCACGUCAUUCGGACACUUAAGAAGUGGAGUCUGAGGCUAACAGCUCAUAUCCCGGAUAUCCCAAAGGUCAAUUAUUCAUUAUUCACAAUGGAAAGCAAGAGAUAUUUAAUUCAAUAAUCAAAUCUAUUUGGCUUUGGAAUGCACUGUGACUUUUGGUAAGGGGGUUGAUGGGCAAGGAAGCUAUCCUUGUGGUUUUUCUUAGGUUAAUAAAAAUUUAAAUAGUUACCAUUCCUGAGAUAAACACUAACCUGUGGGAAAGGGAGACCCUUCAAAAAUGUGAUGGCUAAAGGGGAAAAACUAAAAUUGGGAUCAAACAUUGUUUGCAAAUAAUAAUAUCCAAAUGGCAAACCUAUACAUGAAUAAGAGUUAACUGUCCCUGAUGUUUGAAUGGGGCUUAUAGUAACUAAUAUUUCAUUUAUGAAGUAGGAGAAGGCCUCUUGGUAGUGGUUACUUUCUCAAGAAAAGGGCUAGUUGAAAGGGGCUAGGUAUGUAGCAAAGAGAUAGCAAGAGGAGCCCUCAGCAGUAAUUUAAGUAUAUGAAGGGACUACUCCGCCCCCAUGAACCCAUCUGUGCAUAUCUCUGCACACACACACAUGCACGUGUGCACUCCUCCUUGUAUACUCAUGGCUGCCAGAGCUGACCCUUUCCUGCAGAAAUCCUGGCUACCUUGACAUCUUGCUCAGGUGAGUGCUGAAAGUUGUUCUCCUGCACUGUCCAGGACUCCAGU